CUCUUGACUGCUUUGUUUUACCUCUGCUGCCUAUGGUCACUUCUCCACCCGAUUGCUGGAGAAUUAUCCCUAGAUGUCCAGACAUAGAGACAUGAUGAAAGUGGCGUCAGCAUGAUCACAGUCACACGAACACCCUUCCCCAUCCCCAUCCAUGUUUACUGCACCCCGCACGUAAUACGCAUAACUUAUAACCUCCCCCGGAUCCUCGCCCCAGAAUCCUUCUCCCCACCAACACCAGCAUCAGAAUCCUUCUCUCCACUCUACUACCCUUACCCCAGACUCAAACACAAGUACACUCACAAUGACCUACUCAACCACCCCCAUCGACGUUCUCCGUGACGCUGAACGCGUCUUCGAAGUGAUCAAAAACCAAGGCAUCGCCCUCAUUCCCGGCAGCAUCGGCUACGGCCUAGUCGCCAGCGACCCAGCAGCCCUGGACCGGCUCUUCACGACGAAGCGCCGCAAACCACACAAGAAGCACGCCAUGAUCGGAAGCUACGCGCUCCACCAAGAAAUCCACGUCCUCCCGGCCCGCGAAGAGUCCAUGGUUCGGACUCUAACCGUGGAUCUGGAUGUGCCCGUCGGCGUUGCGGCCCCGUUUCGGGCCGACCACCCAAUCAUCCAGAAACUCGGCCCUGAGUUGCUCUCGCGCUGCACGCACGACGGCACCCUCUCCAUGCUAGUGAAUGGAGGACCCUUACAGGAUGAACUUAUUCGACUGUGCCAUGCUGCGGGAUUACCACUGCUCGGUUCAUCGGCUAAUAUCUCGGGGUCGGGGAUGAAGGUCCGCCUCGAGGAUAUUGAGCCCGAGAUCGUGGAGGCCGCGGAUAUCGUUAUCGACUAUGGCAAGCGCACGUUUAGCGUGCCGCGCGCGUCAUCGACGAUCAUCAACUUUCGGGAUAUGAAGCUCGUGCGGUAUGGCGCUUGCUAUGAUGUAAUUCAAGACGUAUUGAGGAAGUUCUAUGGGGUGGAGUUGCCGGAGGACCCGGGCAAGGACGAGUUGUUUUCAGGACAUAUUGAUGUUCAGCAGGCGACUGUGUAUUGAGCACAACUCACCUAAACUAUAUACCGAACCUAUUUAUGCACUGC